AUGGCCAAGCUGGUGCAAAAACGACGUGUCGAGUUGCCAGCGGCGCUCCAUGAUGCCUUCCAAGACAUUGACGGCGAUGCCAUUGCCGUCUUGUUGGAGCAGCACCCGGAGUGGCGCAGCUCGGAGUUCACCUUCGAGGAUGGAGACCACGCCAGUGGCAAACACAUCACCGGCGGCCUGUUGUCUGCUGCGAUGCGGCUGACCCCGCACCACAUCAAUGAGUUGUUAGAGGUGUUGGUGGAAGAUUGUGGCAUUGGCUUCGAGAUACACACCAGUUUUUACGCUGGAAGCAGCCGACUGUUGUGGUCGGGGCCGGCCAUCCACGAUGCCAUUUGCAGUGGAAGUUUGGAAGCUGUGAGAUACCUAUUGGACCAUGAUGCGGACCCACGCUCUGGUAGCACCUUUGGCGAUGCGCAAGGGGCCACGGCCUUGUGGCAGGCGGCUUUCAAUGGCUACAGCACCAUUGUGUCGUUGCUGCUGGAUCGCAGCGCCGCCUAUGACAUCGAGACCACGUCCCCUUGGCAGGACCGGCCUGAGCAUUUGUUGACGCCGCUGCACGUGGCUGCACGCAUGGGACAUGAUCAGGUUGUGGAGGUCUUGAUCGAAACCGGAGCUCAAUAUGACACGCGUCGCUUGCAGAGGGAGGGAGGUUCAUCACCUUUGAGGGACGCCAUCCAAAGAUGUCACGUCGCGGUGGUGAAGCUCUUGGUCCAACGUGACGCCACAGUGCCACGCAAGGCCCUCUUUGAAAUUAACAACGAGGUGACCAUUGCUGCCGUGGCCGAAGGCCUAACACAAGCCUCAAAGCAGGCUGUGAAAGGUUGUUUGCUGCCCGUGGAAUGGCUCGGCAUGUUCCUCCGCACGCCCGGCCAUGCCCCGGCCCACAUUUUGAAUGCCAUUUUUCAGUGCCAUUCCUUGAAGUACUUUGACUUCGAGAAUCAGCGGCAAGAUGCAAACAUGGCACAUUUUGAGAAUGGCGCCUAUUUGAAUGUCAAGGAGGGCAUGCCCUUCGAGGAGUUCAACAGUUUUUUCGUGCAGCGUCAACAGCUAGGGAAGGACGGCCUUCGGCUGCUACGCGGCUUGGGCGUCGAGGUGGCGCGCCAAAGGAGAAGGACUGCAGAUCCUUCACAGGAUGAGGUGGAACGCUACGAACACGACAUAGCUAGCAGUGCACAGGUCAUGAAGCACUUGGAGGAAACGAACCAGCGCAGCAAUUUUCGGCUCCAGAGGCAGGGCUCGGAGUUGGUGGUGGAGCGAAAGAGUCGGAGUUCCUAUCUUUGCUUCCGCUCUGGCGAAAUCUUGCAAUUCGACUCCCUAAUGAACAACAGGACGUUCAUGGCCCCCGCGCGGGUCCUGCAAUGUAUCCUGCCGGAUGUGCUCAACAAUGAGUACGUGCUCUAUGCCAUUGCUCACGCGAGCAACGAGGAUAUCUUCGAGUUCCACGGCUGUCAGGCGAUAAUCUCCUUGGGCUGGAGCCAAGCCUGGCUGAGCGCCACCGUGGAUUCCGUCCUGAGCAUCAGCUUAGCGAUUUUUUUCGCUGUCAUUACCAUCUUUUUGAGCAGGGCCGAGCCAGCGAGUGCCUUUGGUUUCGUGCUGCUUGGUACCGCCGCAGUGCUGGUGACGGUGAAUUUAUUAAAAGAGCUGUGCUUGAUGCAGGGCAUGUUCUUGUUGGGAAAGCUUCGCCAGUAUUGGUUUCAGGUGGGCAAUUCACUGGACUGGUGUCGUUUGGUUCUGAGCUACAUGGUCUUGGCCUUCUUAGCUCUGGAGCCGGAGCAGUGGCAGCGACCUUCCAGCGACCUUAGCGUGUUGCUGGCCGUGACUGCGCUCUUCCGCUGGGGGGACGUGUUGACCACCUUCCGGGGCUAUCAGUGGGUCGGAGAGAAGGUUUUGCCCAUUGAGCGGGCACUGUUAUCCUCGCGUACCUUCGGGGCUAUCGUGAUGGUGGCCUGUUGCGCCUUCACCAACGCCUACGUUGCCUUGGGCUUGAGCGGCUCAGAGUCGAUCUUUCACAGUUUCUUCGUGAUUUAUCGCUUGGGAUUUCUCAGCGACCUGGAACAUCGAGUCUGGAAUUCCCAAGAUGAGGAUCCCGCCAGAGACAUGGCAGCCGUCCUUGGCAUCUUCACGGCUCUGAUUAUGACCGUGGUGAUGAUGAACAUCUUCAUUGGCAUUCUCUCAGAGAGCUAUGCCCAGGCAUACCGAAAUCGGCACCUCAGUUUCCAACGCGAACGCUCUCGCAUCGCCUUUGCACACAGUGUCAGGAAACGGGCCUAUGAUGCCUGGCGCAACUGCUGUUGCGCCUGCUAUCGGAAGGAAGCCGAUGAUUCCCUCAGAUCCUUGGACGAACAGAGCGGGAGGCCCAUCAGGCCCACGGAGCCCCAGGGCCACUUGGCCUACCAGGCCGCAAGGCCAAGUGGCCCUGUUGCGUGGUGGCCCUCCGUGGGCCUGAUGGGCCUGGUGGCGCCGAACGCUGCGAACAUCGGGUCGUUUGCCACGCUGGCUCCCUUCCUGGUGGAGCUUGUGGCAAAAAUGUCCAUCACACGACCGGAAGUCCUGCGGGUGACGCCGGCAUACAAAGCUUUUGAGAAGUGUGCGCAAGUUUUUCGUGCGGGUUCCAGUUCCAGCCAGUAUCAUAAGAGUCAGCAAAGUGACCGGAUUGGCCGCUUUUGGUCUUAUUCUUGGCAUGGCAGUCGCUGGAUGAAGGUUCUGACCUUGUUGGUGCAGUACAAUGGUUUGGCCUCCAUUCUCUUAGGUACUUUUGCUGCCUUUGUGAUGUUGCUGCUUUUUAGUUUGGGCCAUUUGCCUAUCUACGAGCGUCCUAGCUACAACGGUGAAGAAGGUGCCUCUUUAUGGAGCCUUGCGGUUGGCCUCCUGGUUUCCAUCGUAAGUUUCACCUCGUGGAAAUCGCGACAACAGGUGUUCUUGGAUCGCAUUUGCAUCAACCAUGAGGACGCCGACAUGAAAACAGAAGCGAUUUUCAGCCUUGCCGGAAUGUUGAAAGCAUCAAAGGAGUUGCUGGUUCUUUGGGACACCAGCUGGAGCGACAGGCUUUGGUGUUUGUUUGAAUUGGCAGCAUUUUUAAAAUCCAAGAAUGCGGAGAAUAGCAGAAGAGUGCUGAUCAUCAGGCCCACUCUCGUAGGCCCCUGCUCAAUCGCCUCCUUCUUGACUACUUGGUCCGGCAUGUUUGGGUUAUCAAUGUUUCCACUGUCUGGUUUCGGCGCGCUGCUGAUAGCAAUGUCUGGUUUCUGGGCCAUCGUGGCUUUUCGUGGUUAUUUUUCCGCAGUGGAAAUAUUGGAGGAGAAGCUGAACUGCACCAGUUUCGACAGCGUCAGGAGUGCAUGCUGCGAUGCACAGCAUGUGGACGAACAGGGCAAUCAGCUGCUGUGUGAUCGGGAGGUGUUGAAGCAGUGUGUGGCCAUCUGGUUCGGUAGCACCCAAGCCUUUGAAGAUUUCCUGCGUACGGAGGUGUCGCAGACCGUCGUCCGAGAUUUGCGAGAAAAUGUCUUCACGACAACUUGGGCCUUGCAAGUCACAUCGCCUAUUUUGUGGACCUUCAUGGAUUUUAUCGCUGCGCAUGCACGUGAGGGUCAGUGGCUCCCUCUCUUUGACAAGUUUGUAUUGCAGAGCCUCCUGGGGCGGCCCUCUACCUGACUUCUUCCUGAAACUUGCUCUAUUGCUGGUGCUCUGCUUAGCACUUUGGUUCCAGCUUGGGAUUUACAUUUUGAUUUACGUAAGGGUUCAGAAUCUGGUCAUUCGCCCGCUCGCCUUCGCCGGCUCCAUGUUGCUAAUCUACUUCAUGGCCCGUGCUUUCAAACGUGCCUGUGCAACAGGUGCCACAGGCGCAGGUGGCAAAGACGCCCGUGCUGAUGCAAGUCAGCAGUGCCCUACUGAGCCGCACGGAAGUUCCACAUUCAUCGGGCGCUCUCAGAUGUGAGUAUCUCUUUUGACUUUGUCAUGCUUUGAUGGAAGAUGAUUGUGG